UUUCAAGCAACAGAUCUAAAUUCGUUUUUUUUUUUAAAUCCCGACCAUCUAUCUAAAUUUUUAGUUUGUUAGUUUUAAAUUUAUGUUCGUGGGGGACUAAGCACGGUUCUUAUCAAUGGGCUCCAGAUUUGCCGGCUGCCUGCUCACGCGGAUUUCCGCUCCCCAAGUCCGCGAAUCCAUGGGCAUAGCUUAUAAAUGGCAGCUGCGCGGAUACUGUGACCCACCUCUCAUGGACAGCGAAAGGUACAAGUGCGUGAAGGAGCAAAAGGCACUCGAAAUGAAAAAAAAGGAGGCGGUCGCCAAGAAGGAGGCGUCCAGGAGGGACGCCUAUCGCCUAAAAUGCCAGUUGAAGAAGUGCAUCGGGUCGAAGUCGAAGGCGCUGAAGGCGAAAAUGAAGUGCAUGAAGCCGGAGGAGCAGAAGGCCAUGGGGGAGAUGAUGGACUGCGUGAUGGCCGGCGUCAAGAGAGUCUGUCUGAAGUCCGUGAUGCAGAAGUACUGCAGGGAGCAGGAACUUAAGCUCCGCUACGAGCGGCUGAUCAAGGACAAGAAGAUCGAGAAGUUAAUGAAGGAAUGUCCGGCCAAGAAGAAGGCCGACUCUGCGGAAGGGUGCAAGGAGCCCAGAGAGAAAGAUAAGCUGUCUAAGAACACAGAAACCCUUAGGAAAUGCAUAGCAGAUACCACCAAGCUCUUAGAAGCCGAGUUGGAAAGAGAGAGUAAGAAAGCGAAGGAAAAUUGUAAAGAUAAACCGGAAGUGGAUAAAUGCGACGAUAAGCCCAAGAAAGCGGACGAUAAGAAGACCGCGAAGAAAGCAGCAGAAUCACUAAAAGCUAAGAAAGGAAAGAAUGCCAUAAUCGAUAGCUGUAAGGGAGCACCCAAGGAUAAAAGUAAAGAUCCGGCGAAAAAAGCUAAGGCUUGUGAUAAGCCCAAAAAGGUUCCCAAAGAAAAACGUGCAAAGGACGAAAAUAAGGAACCCAAGAAGGACGAGUGCCCAAAAAUGACCAAAGAUAAGCCGAAAUGUCCCAAGGGAGAUGCAAAAAAAUCUCCAUUCGAGCAGAAGAUGAAAGAGUGCGAAUACCAAGAAUGGAAGGAUAUAUGCAAAGCACAGGAGAAGAAUAAGACUGACGUGGCUGCCAUAGAAGAAUGCCUUAGUGCGCAAAUCAAGGCGAGGUGCCGUAAGAUGGUGAUCAAGAAGAUGUGUGCCUAUGCCUUUGGAGAACCGAAAAAAGUGAAUAAGUGCAAGGCAGAAAAGGAAUGUGGAGAUAGUUGCGUUCAAAAGAAGUGGAAAGAGGCAUGCCCCACGAUUCAAGAUCUCACGGAAAAGAACGACGUAGAUUUUAGCGAAGCCGCUAAAGAAGUGAAGAAAAUGAUGCAGAAGUCCUGCGAAGAGGAGGAAAAAAAUAAAGAGUGCGAGAUUAAGGAAAUACAAGCUAAUAUCGAAAAGUGUGCAAUGAAGAAAAGAUGCGCAGACGCAAGGCAAAAAAUCAAGUGCAAUGAAAUAGAAAGAAAGAAAAAGCAAGAAGAGGAGGAGAAAAUUAAGAAAUGUGAAGAGGAAGCAAAAAAGAAAAUAUGUCAAGUCCUAGCGAAAACUCAAGAAGAUAUUAUGAAAGUCGAUGGUGAGUUCAAACAACAAUGCAAGAACGAAAGCUGUAAAAGAGAAUCCGAUGAGGAAAUUAAAAGAAAGUGCAUAGAGAACGCUUCCAAAAAAUUAUGCGAGGUGAGGAAAAAACGUACGGAACUAUUGCAAAGGGAGGAGAAGUUAAUGAAAAAGGUCGAAAAAGAAAAAUGCGAGGAUGAGCAGCAGAAGAAAUGCAGAGAGCAAGAACGGAGGAAGAAAUGCGAAGAGGAGGAGAAAAAGAAAAAAUGCGAAGAAGAAGAGAUACAAGAGAAAUGCGAACAGGAACUCCAAAAGAUAAAAUGCGCCGAAGAAGCGAAGAAGAGAAAAUGCGAGAAACUGAAAAAGAAACUGGAAUCGCUUAAGAAAGAAGAAAAAGAACUGAACUCCAAGCUAAAAAAGCUGAAGGAAAAGGAAGAACAAUUGAAGGAAACGGACGAAGAAGAACAACGGAAAAAAUGCGAGGAAGAUAAGGUUUUGAAAGAAUGUGAUGAAUUCGAUCAGAAGGAGAAAGCCGCCGAAGCAGAGGAAAAAAAGAAGAAAAAAUAAAUGUAUCCUCAAAUUUAAUCUCUUAAAGGAAGGAACGUAAGGUUUGGUUCACCCAUAAUUUGCGACUCAGACAGGUGGAAAGCUGCGCUUUUGAGGAGCCCAGAAUAUCAUUGCUUGCCCAAGGAGAAAGGCUUUAAGGACCACGGCGGUCGUCAAGGCCGCUUGUCCUUCAGUUGAUGCAGCGGAUUUCCUACACUAGGAUAUAUUUGCCUAGAUAUAUGACUCUAGAUUUUCAGACCAGGUAAUCGACUGUAGCAACUGGGCUAUCGUCCUUGCCACCGUCACCGUGGUCUUGGCCACCUCGCACGACAGCAA